AUGGCGGAUCAUCUGGCUCCUGCUCUGCUGGAAGCCUGCGUGGUGGUUGGAGCAACUAAUGACAAACUCAGGGAGGUCUACCAGACCUAUAAAUAUAAUGGGGCUCCUGAGAACCUCCUGCUGGAGCCGGAGGUACUGCAUAUACUGUCGCCUCCCUUUGUCGGCAGACCACAAAAUGAGAGUGACCUGGUGGGUUCACAUGGGAAGAGGCGACGCUCCUUUCUCAGGAAGAAGAGGGAACAUCAACCUACAGCAGCCUCAGCCCCGAGCCAAGGUGGAGCUGCUGAAGCGAGAGGAGGCAGUGAAGAUGUGAGCGUUCCUACAGAAAUUGACCUCAGGGCUUUACCUCAGCUCUGCUUCCCUGGUGGGCUCCAAGUAACCAAUGAACAGAAAGAUGAACAGUUUCACUUCCUGGUUUUCACCGACGUCUUUGGCAACAAGACCCAUGGAGUAGUGAUGCAGUGCUACCAACCAAUACUGGAAGGGAUCUCAUGCUUCUACAAUGAAGCCGGGUCCUCUAAGUUUUCUAAACUUUUCACUGCCUUCAGUUUCUGUGUCAUAUCCAAGUAUCCUUACUUCACUGCCCUCAGAGACUGUCUGUCAUGUCUGUUAAUCCAGCUGAGAACUUGUCGUCUAUCAGACAUGGAGGACAGAGUGAAGGAUUUUGCAGCCAAACUUUCACUCGUGCCAAUCCCACCUCCUGGACAACUGCAUUUGAUGUUUACUUUACGUCCUCUGACGAUUGUCCUACCGUCCAGAGAUGACAAAGACCACCCCGCUGUAGAUCUAGACCUCCACCUGCCUUUCCUUUGCUUGAGACCACAGCAAAUACUGCAGGUGCUGUCUUGUCUCCUGCAGGAGCAGAGGGUGGUGUUGUUCUCUGCUGACUGGGCCAGACUCACACUGGUAGCAGAGAGUUUGUUGCUUUUCUUGCUGCCUCUGUCAUGGCAGCAGCCUUAUGUUCCCGUCCUGGCCAGAGGAAUGCUGGACUUCCUCAUGGCUCCCACCGCCUUCCUCAUGGGCUGCCAUCUCAGCCAUUUUGAAGAGGUCGCUUCUGAAACAGAUGAUCUGAUCCUGAUCAACAUUGAUGGUGGAAGCGUUUCCACUUCCUGUUCUGAUACUCUUGACCUUCCACAAAUUCCUCCAGCUGCUGCAGACUACUUCACACAGAGGUGUCAGUCUCUGCAGAUGAAUUUCGACUUGCAUCAGUGUCGCCACGCAACCUGCAGCGGCAUCAACGAGCAGCGGGCGCAGAGACGAGCGUGGCAACACCAGCUCAACCACGACAUCCAGAGGAUCGCGCUGGAGCUCAUCGUCAACAUAUUUAGGGAUGUUAGCUGCCAUCUUAACUAUGAACAUCGAGUGUUCAACAGUGAAGAGUUCCUGAAAACCAGAGAGCCGGCCGAUCAACUGUUUUACAGAAAGGUGCUGGAGACUCACAUCUUCCACUUCUUUCUCAAGGAUCGUCUCAACAGGAAAAUGGAUAAUUACGCUCGCAUGGAGCUCAGCACGCGUACUGAGAUGCAAAAAAGGAAGUCUAUGGUGGAAGUGGCACGCAGAUCCACCGUGCAGGAGAUUCAGGCUCGGAGGCAGAGCUCCAUCAUCGAGAGCAGGCUGAAUAAAAGACUGGGAAUGAGCCUUCCUAACCUGGGAUACGACCAAACUCUCAGCUUCCAAAGAAACAAUCUGCUGCAGAGGAUCAACCUCUCUGACUCUGUUCUAAAGACCCCUCCGAAGCCUGUAAAGGUCUUUAAACUCCCGGACUUCCCUGCGUCUCUGUCCUUCCAUUCAGUCCAGAGUUAUUACAGUGAGCUCAUCCAGCACCUAACCAAGGCCAUCUUCUUCCAAAACGAGAACUCUGCUCUGCUGGCCAGAUUCUACUACCUGCGUGGUUUCAUCAACACCUUGUGUUUGCGGCGGCUGGAUGCUCUGAGUGAUUUCCAGAACCUCUACAAGACGGACACCGCCAUCUUCCCCACGCAGAUGGUCACGUGGCUCGUGGACUCGCUGCACAGGGACGAGAGACAGCAAGCCGACCGACGACAUGAGCUCAAGAGACUCAUCCUCAAGGUGAAGACGGAGAACGAGAAGCCGCCGGUGGAGCCCGAUGACCACGUUAAGAAGUUCAAGCUUCCCCGAGAACCCCUGCAUCAGGACGAGUUUGUGCGUUGUGUUCAAGAAUGUGGGAUUGUUAACGAUGUGGCGACCAUACAUCGUUUAUUUGAGGCUCUCACGGAGGGAAAACCAAAGCAGGUGGAGCCUGAACUCUUCAGACUCUUUUACACCUUCUGGAAGGAGAAGGAUGCUGAGGCCCAAGAUGUCAACCUGCCCACUGAGGUCAUUGACAACCUUGACAACAGCGAGGGUGUCUACAAGUUGUCGUCCUGUGUCAAGACCUCUUACGGCGUCGGAAAAAUCGCGAUGACCCAGAAACGCCUUUUCUUGCUUAGCGAGGGACGACCUGGCUACCUGGAAAUCACCAAGUUCAGAGACAUACAGGACGUGAAGAUCGCCUCAGCUCCAUUUCUACUUGUUCGUAUUCCCUCCCUUCGUAUCCAGACCUCUGGCAGGCCUGAGGUGUUCGAGGCCAACCUGAAGGCGGAGACUGAGCUCUGGAACCUAGUGGUCAAAGAGAUGUGGGCUGGACGCAAGAUGGCGGAUCAACACAAGGACCCUCAGUAUAUGACUCAGGCCCUGACCAACGCCCUGCUAAUGGACGCUGUGAUGGGCUGUGUGCAGACCCAAAGGUCCAUCAUGGCUGCCUCUAAACUGGCUUACUUUGACAAGAUUAAGCAUGAAGAGCCCAUGGUGGUGCACGAAUCUACCUCAGAGACACUAAAACACAAGAUCACCCCGUCGCUGGACAUGGCUGAACCUCAGACUGUGCAUGUGCUGCUAUACACACCAGGUCAGUUGACUUGCAACGACUCGGGCAGUGAGAUGAACCCGAAGCUGUGGGUGGCUCUCAGCGGGGGCAAGGUGGUCGUGUUCGAUGCAACGAGCUGGUCCAUGCUGCAGGACUGCAUCCAGGUUGGAGAGCUGCAGCUGAACUGCAUGCUGGGAUUGGUCCAGGAGCAGGUGUGGAUUGGCUCCCAGGACUCCGUGAUCUACAUCAUUGACACUCGCAGCAUGUCCUGCAACAAACAGCUGACUGAACACAGACAUGAGGUGACCGGCCUCACGGUGGACACCAGAGAUCAACACAACAGUCAGCAGACAUACUCGUGCAGCUGUGAUGGGACGAUCCUGCAGUGGGACUCAGGCAGCCUCAAGGUGAAGCGACAGUUCCACCUGAGCUGCGACCGUCUCUCCUCCAUACAGAUCCACAACAGCACGUUGUGGUGCUGUUGUGGUGACAGCAUUGUGGAACUGAAAAAGACGGGGACAACCCAGCGAAGGAUGCCGCUUCCUGACGACCUACGGAGCAUGCCCAGUAGCUUCAGCAGCUUCAUUGUCAUCCCUGAGCGAGGUCAGCUGUGGACGGGCUGCGCAGACUCAGGGGAGCUGUGUCUCUGGCACAUGGACAACCACAGACAUCCAUUCAAAAGAAUCUCCCUGCCGGGCAGUUCAGGGGUCACCUGUAUGAUCCGUGUCAAAGACCAGAUCUGGGUGGGCUGCUGUGGCCUGAACACAUUCGGAGGUCAGUGGGACGCUCAGAUGAGGAGUCAGGUGUUGGUGGUGAACCCCGAGAGCCACACUGUGACGAAGGAGCUGCACGCUCACUCAGACAGCAUCCAGACGCUCUGCUCAGCCGAGGAUCGCUACGUCCUGAGUGGCUCUGCACGCCGCGACGGCAAGAUCGCCAUCUGGAAGGUGGAGUAG